AAUCUGCCUCCCCUUUUUCUGUUUUCUUACCUUUUCUCACAUGUUUUGAAGCGUUUACCACACAGACCCUAGCCUCUGGGGUAUACACCUUGUCCUUCUUAAAACACUGUCAGAGCUCGCUCUCCUGCUGUAUCCCUUGGCGCUCAGCGAGCGAAAGCGAUUUGGCCUCUUCGCUUUUUAGAACUGAGAGCCACCCUCUGCAUAUGUACGUGGUACAUUACUCUUUCUGAUCUGUGCUGCUGUAGUCACCAGACAGAUUUUAGCCGCAGAAGCUGAUGUCCCGGGGAUAUCUCUGUUAAUUAGGAUGGUUUACAAUAGUCAUCGAAAGUCGUUUUUCCAUCUUUCUUGUCUCUUUUAUGUGGCACUGACGAAGUUAUCAGUCUUCAUUUUCAUCUGUAAAAUUAGCCCAGUAUUGCAUGACAAAAGUGCCAAGGAUUUAGAAAUACACAGUACUACAACAUAUAACUAAGGUUUGUUAAAACUUUACUGCAGUUUACUUCACAGUAUUGUCUUUGUGGGAAAUUUGUCCAAAAUCUCAUGUCAACUUUCAUUUUCUGUGCACGAUAAAACAAUUUUGAAUAAGUUUAUUUUGGAAAAAGCAGCAGGGCCGAGUUUUUCUGGAAUUCCUAUUGUUUUCUAAAGACCUUUUAUUUCAAGUGUGUAACGCUUUAUUCUAUUUUCUGCUACCACAAAUGAACUUUUUAUUCCUUGGAUAUUCUAAUGUCUGGUUGCCAGUGUCUUCUUGGACUGAGCUGAGGAAAUGCGCAAUAGACAGUUCGAUUUGGUUGAAUUGCACUUACCUUCCUUAUGGCAUCCAUUUUUAGGGACCCCAUGCCCCUGUUAUGAUGUAGGCAUCAAGCAUUCCAGAACUCAGCAGUCCCAUAUGUAACAUGACAUAAAUCAUAUAUUGAAUGCUAAGGUUAACUACUGUCUUGACUGUAGAACUAAGAAGCCCCACAAUAUUAAGUAAUAUAGUGAAGGAACCUGUAAGCCUGAACAAAUGAUGUGGACUGAUACAGAUUAUUCCUGGAGAAAGGGAACUAAUUGGCAUGGGUUUUUUGUUUGUUUUCUUCUUGGUGUCACAUCAAGUAUGUGGAAUAGGUGAUACUUAUCUCUCACUUUAAGUAACUUUUCCAAGAUCACAUAGCUACUAAGUGACUGAGGCAGUAUAUCAACACAAGGCCUGCUUCCAUCUUUCCAGUAUGCUGUGUUGCUUUCUAAUGGAGGCAACAGCAUUUUCAGAGAUCAUUACUGACUGUUUUGAUGGGAAUUUGAAACAGUUCCAUUAGCUGCUGAGUGUGAUUUUAUACAGAUUAAAAGCUACUAAACAGUUGAAUUCAACUGAUAUAGAGACUAGUUGCUAUUGGGAAUUUCUAGUUUUCUGUUAUUCUUUAUCUUCCAAAACAGAAGAUGCCUGGGAAAGAGUAUUUUAGCAGUCUGGAAGGAUGUGUGCUUUAAAAUUCAUCGGUAGUUUUUCCAUUUUAUUAAAGCUGUUUGGUAUAAUUCUUUCCUAUUGUCCUUAGUUAAUCAAGAAUUUUCUUCAGUUUUAAUUUUAUUGCUGGAUGGCAAAUAUAUCAAUUUAAAUAGUCAUUUAAGUUUACUUUCUUAUAUAUUGUAAUAUGUAAAAUAUUGAGUCAAUAUCUUGUUAUGCUUGAAAACAGUUUUUAUGUAAAAGGAGCUCUGGUAACUUCACUUGUCCUUCGAGUACAUCAUUAAAUAAGUUGAGACAAUAAAGGAAUCUUCCAUGUUGUACCUUAUAGUGUGAAAGUAUAAAGAUGGAGCAAGAAUAAAAUGAAAACAUUAUUCUUAAAAGAAUACACUAUCCUAUAUAUAGAUUCAUUUAAAAAUGGAUGUUAAGGAUCACAGUCGUUUAUGAACUUGAGAAUUGUCAAACCUUUUGGUCAGUGGACAUUAUUAAUAGGUAAAAAGAAUCAUUAUGAGAUUAGUUACUUCUUCUGACUCUUCAGAAUGUGACAGUGGUCAAAUGAAUACUGCGGCAUCAUGACAGGAUUCCCCACUCACAGACAUCCUAGCUUGUUAAAUAAUUCUCUGAUAACUUUUGGGGAAAAGGGAUUCAGCCUCUUAUUUUUUUUGUACAGUAGUUAGGAUAUGAAAGAGCCUGCAUUAUGGGUCUGGUUAAGAAGCCUACGUAACUUGCAGAGUCUGGAAGAUUUAAUUCUUGAGCCAAUGUACUAUAUGCUUGAACCUAUUAUCCAUAACUUAAUUUGAGGCAACUUGGGAACUUCUGUGAACCAGGAGAAGAAAUAAGGGUCUGGACUUCUUAUACAAUUUCCUACUCCAAAUUGGAAUUCAUGGAACUCAUCAGAACCAUGGUACUGAGGAUCUCAAUACUGCUUAAGUGCCCCCAGUUAAACGGAGGAGACUUUCUCACAAAACCAGUUCCUAGCCUGGUUAAAACACAAACUUAAACAAUAUUUAUGCUUUUAGUGUUUAAUGAGAUAAAAUCGUUAAGUAUUCUGUCCAUACAUUUAUUUGGUACAGUUCAUUUAAUUUUAAAGUGUAAAAUGUUUAGUUUUAUUCCAGAUAGAUUAAAAAUCACAGUGAUUUUCAUUGUCCUCAAUUCAGAUGUCUCAAAUUUUGAAAUACCUAUAUUACUAUAUUUUUGUUAGUUAUGCUCAUGUGAGUCCUGCAUUUGAAGAAUCACUGAUUGACUCUUUUGUCUCUGUUAUAGUCUUUAGACUAUUAUUAUUUAUUAUAUUAAUAUUGAUACUUCCAAAUCCUUUUUAUCUGUUGAGUUAAACAUGUUGACUACUAGGAUUUUUAAACUGGAAGCAAUCCUACAAGGCGUCUAAUUCAGAUCCCUGAUUUUGGUGAGAGAAAGAAUUUUUUUUCUUUUUUAAUUUAUAGAUUACAUUCAUAUUUACCAGUAGUCACUUUGAUGAAAUAUCAUAUUGGGGUUGAUUUUUGUGUUUUUUUUUCCCUGUCUAUUUGUGUGCAGGCUAUCCCUUCCAUAUCUUAUUCUUUGCAAUACUUCCACUUUAGGUCCUGUUUCCCUCUGAGUUGGAAAGAGAGACAGUCUUAUAAUUAUAAAUUACAUUCUAGCUCUGAGGAGCUCAGCUAAGAAAUUUUCUCUUCAUUAAGAGUAACUGGAUUACUGCAGAAUGACCACAGAAGUAAUAUUACAUUAUCGACCAUAUGAGAGUGAUCCCACACAACUGCCAAAAAUUGCAGAAAAAGCAAUUCAAGACUUUCCUACUCGUCCGCUAUCAAGAUUUAUUCCUUGGUUUCCACAUGAUGGGUCUAAACUUGCACUUAAACCUAAGAAAUCAUCACCUGUGAUUUCUGAAGAGGCAGCUGAAGAUGUGAAACGGCACUUGACCAUUUUAGAUGUUAAAUCACAGAGUUAUGAUUGCACAGUAGAUCUAUUGGAGUUUCAACCUAAUUUGAAAAUGAAGAAGCAUUUAAUCCAGUCACACACACUUGGUGAACAGACUAAUUCUGAAAAUCUGGAUAAGCAAUCAGGAAAAGAAAAACGGCACUUAAAGAGGUCUUGGAGUGUUUCAGUUCCUAACAGUAAUUGUCCUGAAAAGAUUCUUCCUCUGUCUAAAAAAUUGCAAGAUAUUUUGAAGUCACUAAAUUUGCACUCAUUUUAUAGAGCAAGAUGGACAAUAGAACAGAAUAUUUGUGACACCCAAACUCUGGAAGACAUUUGGGCAAAACUCAAUCGCAUUAUCAGGCACAAAGAACUUCCAUAUUGUAAUGCUACAGUUCAGAGACAUUUAGGCCAAAUAUGGGUAUUCUGUGAUAUUAUGUACUGUGAAUAUGUGGGAAAUCUUCUUAAAGAAAGAUUAUCUCUUACUGGAAAAAUGAAUUUAUUUGUGCGUAAAUGUGGUGUUAUUUUUAGUAUGUAGUGAAUUUUACUGAUUUUCCAAAAAGAAGUGUAUUCUGAAUGUACUGAAUAUAAUUUAAAUAUUGAGGUGAAUUAAUUUUUUACAAGUUUUUAAAUUUUUAAUGGCUUUUCUUAAUUUGACCCUUUGGCCUAUUCUUAACACUGAGCCUUCUUUUAAACGAAUUAUGAUAAAUGAUUGUUUAAACUGAACUUGAAGGUAAAAUAUUUUUAUUCUUUUUGUUCUGUUACUUUUCCAUUGAUUUAAUUAGGUAUUCCUAUGAAUUAAGGUGAAUAGUUUGGAUUUUGGCAAAUCCUCAAAAUCUAAUUUUACUGUAUUUUUUCUUUACUCAAAGUGUAAUGGUUCUUUUAAAGUAAAACUGAAAACAGUUCCUAUAAUUUAAAUUCUAUGGGAAUGCUAAUCAGGUGGCAUUAAUGUACUUCAAGGUAGGAGAUCAGCCCAAAUUCUUACUGAUGUUUACAAAGGUAUGUAAUAGAUAACACUUCAUGUGUUGUUUUGAAACACGGUGCAAAAAGUAUGAUUUGCUCUAGACCAUAAUGUAUCUUUAAAGCUAUAAUUGAUCAACUUAUUCUUUGUUUAUUAUAAUGCAGGUAAUUUGAUCUUAAUGACUGUUGAUUAUUAUUUGGCUGGAGUCAUUGUGGGAUUUACCCUUGUUUCCUAUGAGAAGCAAAAUGUUACAGUUGGGUUUAUGCACCAGUUUGUAAAAAUGCUCAAAGUGAUUAUGGAAUAAAAUAAUUGUUGUAAAAGCAUGAAAGCAUGUCUUUAUUUAACAAAUUUAAAUGCCUACCAUAUGAUAGGUACUAGAAUAUAAUAGGGAAGGAGACAAACAUGAACCUUGCCCUCAUAAAGCUUACAUGGCCUUAACUACAAAUCAAGUAGUCAAACCAACUUCCUAAGAAAAACCAGUAACACUGUACACACUAGGAAGGCAGUUACCUGUUUGUCUUGUAGCGCAGUGACUGGCGUGGUAGGAGCUCGGUGUUGUCAUUGUUAGGUGUGUUGAGUCAGUUCCAACUCAUAGCGACCCUAUGUGUAACAGAACAAAACACUGCCCAGUCGUGCGCCAUCCUCACAGUUGUUGCUAUGCUUGAG